GUUGGAAUAAUAAUGAGUUCUCACAACAAUUUGUAAUUUAUGGUAUUUUAACUGUCUUGUGAUAACUUUUGAUAAUAUUUUGUGAUAAUUUAGACGUUUCCCACAAAAGUUAUGGCAGUUCUAUCCAUUUUUAAUUUUUUAUUGUAAUUCUUUUUGAAGUAUUUUUAAUCUUGAAUUGUAAUUAUGAAUCCGGAACCACAUCAUGGACAGAAAAGAGAAGAUAAUUCCAUGCAGUUCUCAAAUUACUGUCUUCGAUCAUAAAACCAAGACAAACAGAAACAUGACAGUUUAUGAAGGUGUGAGAAAGCUGCUCGCUAAUGACCAGAAAGCUCUGGAGCUGUUCACGUCUAACAAAGUAGAUGUAGCGGUGAAGUUAAACCCCAAUGGCACUGUUUUAGCGGUCUCUCUGACUCACAAAAAUGCAGUUUCCUCAUCUGAUAACUCCUUAACUGACAUGGAAACAGUCCCAAAUAUAGGCGAUGAUGAGAAAAUGGACAUUAACAGUGCUGAUGAAUUGGAAGAUUUAGGUACCUGGUGGAAAGAUAACUCCAGUAGUGAAGAAGAAGAAGACUUAAAUUUCACGCUAGUAUUGGAAGCAGAUAAUGAAAUUGAAUGUCUGGAGAAAACAGAGUUACCUGAUGUGAUCGAAGCCACACAGCUUCCACCCGGAAGGAUGACUGGAGCCCUUAAAAAUGAAGAGCCCAAGCACCCUUUGAUCGGUGAAGCUGUUGAACCAGAUUCAGCAGUGUUUGUGGCAGUUGAAAAAGGCAGUAAGGAUUCUGAUGAUGAGGAGGAACCUUGGAUGAAAUGCUGGAAUUGCAGGGCUCCUAAACCAAUUCCUGGCAUUUAUCGCGAAGAUGGUGACAACAUGCGGAUGAUAUUUUGUUGUGAUAAGCCUACCCGAAUUAAACCUACAAACACUGUCAUUGAAUGUAAUGCUAAGAGUUAUCCAUACGAUUCAUGGGUUCAUCAUAGUUUCUCAUGAAACAAUCCUUUUUUUUUCAUGUUUAUGUACAAAGUUUACCGAAUAUUGAACUCGCUAAAUAACUCCUUUACCAUUUGUUCAAUGACAUUACAGCUUUGCUCAGUUUCCAGUCCUCUCAGGGAAUUCAAGAAAUUCUAUAUUUUUUUAAUAAUUUGAGCUUGUUUUAAUAUAUAUCAUAUACAUAUGUAUAUAACUGUAAAAGAAUACUUAGUUGUUAUAUUAAUAAAUAAUGAAUUAUAAUUGU